AUGCUUCGUCACCUUUCGACUCCUGCAAUACGUGCACCUCACCGAGCAAACGGCCGUAUUCAGCUUUUGGCAAAAAUUGCUGCAAAGGACAACCUCGCAUUGAAGUCAGCAAUUGGGAAAUUGGCGAAGCUUCGCUAUGGACAACCGGCUAAGGACUUGCAGAUAGAAGCGGUUUAUAACCUAGCAAAAGGAUCCAACACUUUUCUAUUGGCAGGGACCGGCUUUGGGAAAUCUAGAAUACCGGAGAUUUACCAUAUGCUUUACCCAAAACCGAGUAAUGCCGUAAUUCUCGUUUUGAAUCCCCUCGACGCGUUAGGUGAUAAUCAAGUGCUGGAGAAGAUUCAGGCUGGUUUCACCGCUAUCAACCUAACCAAAUUGACCUUUAAUGAAGAAGAAGCAAACAACGUUGCAAACGGGGUCUACAAUUUUGUCUACCUGAGCCCGGAGAUAUUCUUGAACAGUCCGCUCUGGGAUCAGGUAUAUUUUUGUGCUAACUUUCAAGACCGUCUCGCUCUAGUUGUAGUUGAUGAGGCCCACAUCAUCUACCAGUGGGGGCUUGUUGAAUCAGGAAGUGGAAAACACAAGCGAACACUAAUCGGUCGUUUGGAGGAUCUUGGGAUUUUUCGGCCGUCGUAUGGGAAAUUAGGUGCUCGAUUGCUCACUCGGAACAGCAAGCCAAUUCUUUUGAUGUCAGCGACUUGCAGGCCUUUGGCCGUGGAAGCAAUCAAGAAAAGCUUAAAGCUAGAAGAGCACAAUCUGAAAACAAUCUCUGGUGAACUCACCCGGCCCGAGAUACGCAUUAUAAGAAUGCCAAUUUCAACAUCGGUCAAUUCGUGCUUGGACCUUUUGGAUGUUUUUGCACCUAAAUCGGAGGUCCCAGAUACAUCUGUGGUUCCCACUUUGAUAUAUAGUAGUACUCGGAAUCGAACAAAACAUGUGAUGAAGGCAUUGGAUUUGGCUCGUCGGACCCCAGGGAACUCGUCUCGUCCAAAUUCAAAGUUUGUCCGAAGGUUCCACUCUUGCACUGGGGAGAAAGACAAACUACGAUUGGUGGAUGACUUUUCAAAAGGAAGACUACCGGUAAUCUCCUGCACAAUGGCGUUGGGGAUGGGGCAGAACUGGUCCUGGGUACGGUGUGUGAUACAGAUGGGUCGAUCAGAUCCGUCAGCUGUUUGCCAAAUGAUUGGACGUGCAGGGAGGGAUGGGCGAUCGGGGCUUGCUAUUGUCUAUGUGGAAACAAACAGGAAGGGGGGUAAGAAUUGUUUGGAGGACUUUCAAGGUUCCAACAAUCAGUCCGAUGAGGACCGAAUGGACGCUUUGGCAAUCACACCUGUGUGUCUUCGAGUGGCCUUUGCUAUUGAUAACUCGUCUUAUUUGGGUUAUGUACCCCUCAGGACAGAUGACCCUGCUUACGUUGCGGAGCGGACACGCGAGAGGGCACAGGGUUUUGCAGAAUGCUUAUGUUCUAAUUGCAAGCCACAUAUGGCAAAGGGUCUGAUGGGAAACAUUAAGAAGUUAACAGUUGACAAUAUAGAUGAAAUGAUUCGACAAGACUGGGGCGAGCAACCGGCUGCAGGGAAUACUUUGGUGGUGAAUAAAAGGAAACGGGGUGGGGUCAACCGAUCAAGUGUAGGCAAACGGGUGGUCCUUAGCCAGUCAAUGCAAGAAAUCCUAUCAAACCGCCUCAAUACCGCUUUUAAUGUCUUAUUUGAGAAGAAGUAUCCACGCGGGUCUUUGAUGACUGCAGCAGACCUUUUUGGGAAGCAAGAGGUGGAUCUUAUAGUUAAAAAAUUUGGAAAAUUUGAAGGAACGGUUGGGUUACGGAAAGUCAUUGGGGGGCAGAUGAUUGAAGGCCAAGCAGACGCUCUUGACUUGGUGAUUCGGGAAUUCAUCGCAGGCCCGUUGGCGGAAGAGAAUAUUCAUCGGAUAGAGAAGGCCAAACAGGUCCGAAUGGAUAAGAAGCGAGUCCGAGACGAAGCACGGGCGCAGAAAUUGGAGAUCGAGGCUGAGGCGGCAAGGAAGGUCCGGAUGGAAAAGGAGGCACUCAAAAUUCAGGAAAAGGCGAUGGCUGAUGAGCGAAAAAGGGUAGAUGACGCAAGGAAAGCCGAGGAGCGAGCCCAAUUAGCCAUUCUGGUUCGUCUGGCAGGGGAGGAUGCUGAGAGACAAGGGGUUGAAAGCAUACACCGGGGCCGAUAA